AUGGAAACAACGGUUUGCAGCAGCGCAGAAGACGUGGUGAGAAUCCCAGAAAACAAUGAGGUCGGUAUCAUCCUCUUGACCAUCACAACUCUGGACGGUGUUACGAUCACCUUUGAGUCAGCACCAGAAAACAACCCAUUUAUAAUUGAAGGAAACCAAUUGAAGGCAAACCAGGUUCUGGAUUAUGAGCAACAGGACACUUAUACGCUUAUGUUGAAAUGCUCCCAAGCCGCAACAGCGGAAACGUUGGAACUCCCUGUUUAUGUGUUCGUGAGCAAUCUGAAUGACAACCCGCCAGUAUUUGAGCAGAACCCAUACAGAAUCACUGUCCCUGAGGCAUCUCCAAUCGGUAAGUCAGUGGGACGAUGCGAAGCAACAGACCUGGAUAAACCCCUGCGGCUUUACUACACGCUGACCUCAGAGACGGAGUACUUCAAACUGGAGGGGCCCAACCAGCCAAACAUCCUAAUAAAUAAAAUAAUCGAUUAUGACAAAGUCAAAACUGACCAACUUGUUUUGCGCGCACAGGACACACUUCCUAGUGAGGAGGGCACUAUGACCAGCACCACCACCAUCUUGAUCACUAUCUCAGAUGUUGACAACAGACCCCCUUGGUUUCAGCCCUGUGACAAGUUGGAUUUGGGAGGAGCUAUUAUCUGCCAAAAUGAUGGCUACACCGGCAUGUUGACCAUGGGUGAAAAAGUAGCUGGCGUGUUGCCACUGCUUCCAGGACCCCUAUAUGCCAUCGAUGGUGACUCUGGGAUCAAUGGGGACAUAACAUACAGCAUUGUGAGAGGAGACGCAAGCGGUCUGUUUCAAAUGGACGAGACGACUGGAAACAUCACCUUGCAGCGUUCUGUUGACAUUGUUGGGCCCAUCAGUCUCACUGUGGCGGCUGCUGAGGUGGAAAACUCUCACCAGGUUUCCACUACCACUGUCACAUUCCAUGUUAAGGUCAACACCGACCAUCCUCCGCGCUUUGAGAAAGAACAGUACAGUGCUGUUGUCGAAGAAGUGGGUGCCAUGGCAAUGGAUGCAACAAAUGCUGACAAACCGCUGAAAAUCGUCGCCAAGGAUGAUGACUAUGCCGCUGCAGGGGGCAUCAACCCAAACAUCAUUUACCGGGUCAUCGACAGUGAGGAUUUCUCCAUCAACGACGGCUUCUUGUACAUGAACAAUCCCAGGGCAGAUGGCACACUAGCGCUGCAGGUGAGGGCGGAGGACACAGAGAGCAAAGAAGCAGAUACAGCGCAACUCACAGUGCAGGUGAAAACAGGUUUAACCACUACCACAGUAGCUCCUGCGCCCACUUCUGGGGGCAGUAUUACCACAAUUAAGCCUGGUCCAACUCCAGAGGGAGGGGUUACCACCAAUAAGCCAGGUCCAACCUCUGAAGGAGGCGUUUCCACCAAUAAGCCGGGACCAACUCCAGAGGGAGGGGUUACCACCAAUAAGCCGGCUCCGACUCCAGAGGGAGGGGUUACCACCAAUAAGCCAGGUCCAACUCCUGAAGGCGGUCCUACCACUAAUAAGCCGGCUCCGACUCCAGAGGGAGGGGUUACCACCAAUAAGCCGGGUCCAACUCCAGACAGUGGUGUUUCCACCAAUAAGCCGGGUCCAACUCCAGAAGGCGGCAUUACCACCAAUAAGCCGGCUCCGACUCCAGAGGGAGGGGUUACCACCAAUAAGCCGGCUCCGACUCCAGAAGGCGGCAUUACCACCAAUAAGCCGGCUCCGACACCAGAGGGAGGGGUUACCACCAAUAAGCCGGGUCCAACUCCAGACAGUGGUGUUUCCACCAAUAAGCCGGCUCCGACACCAGAGGGAGGGGUUACCACCAAUAAGCCGGGUCCAACUCCUGAUGGCGGUGCUACCACCAAUAAGCCGGCUCCAACUCCUGAGGGGGGUGUUUCCACCAACAAGCCGGAUCCAACUCCUGAAGGCGGCGCUACCACUAAUAAGCCUGGUCCAACUCCAGAGGGAGGGGUUACCACUAAUAAUCCCGGCCCAACCGAUGACGCCGUUACAAAACCAAACGAUGGAACCAGUGCAGUCCCCACCAAGCCUGACACAGAAAAGGGGCCCACAUAUGGACCUGGGGACAUGGCUGCUGUAGGAGUAACCCUUGGAGUGCUGCUCCUCAUUGCCCUGGUCGUCAUUGGAGUUCUUGCCUGUCGCAUGCAGAAGGGGAAAGCAGACUGGAGGAAAAUCUAUGAGGCUAUCGUGUUCAAAGGAGCUUUGACCACUGGUUCGGGCAACAAGAAAGGAGCGCAGUUCACCAACCGCGCUUUCCAGAGUGAUGAAGAAAAAGCAAGUGAUGGCGGGACCAUUACACGUAGGACGCGAUACAGUGAAGAACCACAGAAACCCGUCGUAGACAUCCCACAGAACGAAAAUAUUGCAAUGGCUUCGUUGCCACUGCAUGACUUGCUGGACGGUACCAGCAGUCAAAGUGGCACUGAAAGUGCUGAAAAGGAGGUGAAACCCAUCUUGACCAAGGAGAGACGGGUUGAUGAUGGGUACAAAGCCGUCUGGUUCAAAACAGACAUUGACCCGAGUGCCAACGAGGAGGUGGUCAUUAUACCCGAUAGCAGAGAGAACGAGAAUCAGGAGGAGACAUCGCUCGAUGGCAGAGAAGAGGAGGAGGACCAGCAGUCACCUAGAAGCUCGAGAGUUGGCUUUGCCGAUUCAGAUCAUGACAGUGGACUUGGGGUGAGAAUGGAGGAUCCUAGUGACUACAGGGAUGAUAACAUGCUCAUCGAUAGCUUGUGA